UGGCUAUGAAUGAGAAAAUUAAGACAUUUCAUGACAAUCAUACUUGGGAUCUCACUUCUCUUCCGUUUGGUAAACAGACUAUCUGUUGUUCUUGGGUCUACCCUGUGAAAUAUCAUCCAAAUGGGUCUGUUGAGCGUUUGAAGGUAUGGUUAGUUUCUAAGGGCUACACCGGAACAUAUGAUGUUGAUUACUAUGUGACUUUCUCUCCUGUUGCUUGUUUUAACACUAUUAUAGUUCUUAUUUUUGUUGCAGUCUGUUGCGAUUGACAAUUGUAUCAACUAGACAUAAAGACUGCAUUUUUACAUGAAGAUUUAUAGGAGGAGGUAUAUAUGACUCAACCACCAGGUUAUGUUGUUACUGGUUAAGAACAAUUAGUGUGUCAGUUAAAGAGCAAUUUAUGGCUUGAAGCAAUCACUACGUGUUUGGUUUGAUAAGUUUAGCACUGUUCUGGUUCAGUUUGGUUUUCAGUGUUCUACUUCAGAUCAUUCAGUCUUCACUCAUCGGUUUUCUGCUGGCAUUAUCAUUUUUAUUGUGUAUGUCGAUGAUAUCAUCAUUAGCGAUAAUGACUCAAUGGUAUUGUCCAUUUCAAGGCCUAUUUAAGAAAGUAGUUUUACACCAAAGAUUUGGGCUUUCUUCGAUGCUUCCUAGGGAUUGAGGUUGUCUGAUCAAAGGAAGGUAUUAGUUUGUAUUAACGAAAGUACGUAUUAGACUUACUAUAUGAAAUUGACACUCUUGGUGCUCGUCCGGUUGAUAUGCCUAUGGAUUCUACAGUGAAGUUAGAUUUUGAGAGUGGCGAAGUAUUUGAUGAUAUAUGGUGUUAUUGGAGACUUGUUGGAAAGUUGAUUUAUCUCGCAGUUACACACCUUGAUAUUACAUAUGUUAUUAGUGUGGUUAGCCGGUUCAUGCAUGCUUCUGUAAGCCUCAUUGGGGGGCUGUUUGCCGUAUACUUCGAUACCUGUAAGGAGCUCUUGGGAAAUGAUUGUUAUAUCAUCCAUCAUCACCAAUAAUUGUUGUUGGUUUUUCUGAUGCUGAUUGGACUGGUAGUCAUGAUGAUAGAUGAUCUACAUCUGACUACAGGAUGUUUGUUAGAAAUAAUCUUGUUACCUAGCAUGGUUAGAAAUAGAAUGUCGUUGUGCAUUUUAGUGCGGAGGUUGAAUAUCGUGCUAUGACUUAUACUACUUCUGAGAUGUUAUGUGUUCAUUCUUUGCUCCGGGAUAUGAGACUUGAUGUUCCUUCUCCUGUGAAGAUGCAUUGUGACAAUCAAGCAACAGAUUUUCAUUGCAAGUAAUUCGGUAUUUCAUGAGCGUACCAAACGCAUUGAGGUGAAUUAUCAUUUCAUUUGAGAUCUAUUGAUGAAAAAGGAGAUCAUCACUCUAUAUAUCAAGUUUAAUGAUCAACUAGGUGACGUUCUUACUUAGUCAUCGGCUCGAUCGACCUUUAGGCAUUUUUGAUCUUUAUGUUCCAAGUUGAGGGAGAGCGUUAGAGUUCUUAUUUUAUUUAUUAAAUCAUAAGUCUAUUAGUGUAGGGUAAUAUUAGAAUUACCCAAAACAUUGCUCAGUGAUAACUAAGAUGGUGUAGGGCAACAUAGCUCAUACACAACUGAUUUUUUAUUCUUUGCCUCUUAUUCUCUUUGCUUUGUAUUUCUCUAACCUAAAAUCAAUUUAUUGUUUUCAAUUAUCUUCUAUAUCUAUUCCUCAGGGUUAGAAAUAAGCUCUUACUGAUCCAAAGUGACGAGAAGCUAUGGUAGAGGAAAUUAGAGCUCUAGAAAAGAAUGACACAUGGGAAUUAGUUCCACUUCCUGUUGGAGCAAAAGCAGUUGUGUGUAAAUGGGUGUUCACUGUCAAACAAUACGCCGAUGGUUCAGUAGACAGAUACAAGACAGGAUUGUUGUUAAGGGAUUCAUUCAAACACAUGGCAUUGAUUAUCAGGAGACUUUUGUCUCUAUGACAAAGAUGAACUCCAUACAUGCCCUUUUGUCCCUUGUAGCUAAAUUUGGGAUGGAGUUUGCAACAGUUGGAUGUGAAGAAUUCCUUUCUUCAUGGAGACUUGGAGGACGUGAUAUAUAUGGAGAUUUUACCUGACUUUUCAUUACCGGUAACUGAAGGAAAGAUGUGUAAGUUGAAGAAGUCAUUUUAUGGGUUGAAGCAAUCACCUAGAGCCUGGUUUGAUAGGUUUCUCAAAGUCGCGUUGAAAUUUGGAUAUAAUUAGAGUAAUGUUGAUUAUACUAUGUUUAUCAGAUAGGUAGAUGACAAAAUAACAAUAAUCAUGUAUAUGUAGAUGACAGUGAUAACUGGGAAUAAUGUGAAUGAAAUCACCAAACUGAAAGUUCAGUUGAUUAAGGAGUUUGAGAUUAAAGAGUUGGGUCCAUUGAGAUAUUUUCUUGGGAUUGAGGUUGUUAGUUCAGACAAAGGUGUUUUUAUCUCUCAAAGAAAAUAUGUCGUUGACCUACUUGAAGAAACAGGUAUGUUAGGAUGUAGACCUACAGAUUCUCCUAUUGAAGUCAAUCAUCGAUUGGUGGGAAUAUUGAUAUCUCUCUCAUACUCAGCCAGAUAUUGCCUAUGAAGUGGGAGUUGUAAGUUAAUUCAUGCAUGAUCAUCGAGUCUCUCAUCUUGAAGCUGUUCAUUGUAUUUUGAGGUAUCUCAAGUCAGUCCCAAGGAAAUGGAUCUUGUUCUCUAAUAAUGGUUACUUGAAACUAAAAACAUCAUUGAUGCAGACUAGGCAAGUUCAAUAGAUGACAAAAGAUCCACUUUAGGCUACUGCACCUUGAUUGGUGAAAAUAUUGUCACAUGGUGAAGCAAAAAGCUAGCAAUAGUAGCUUGGUCUAAGUGUAGAGGUUGAAUACCGAGCUAUGACCCAUGGAGUUUGGGAGGCUAUGUGGCUCCAAAUUCUAUUGAGUGAGCUCAGAAUUCGUGGUGAUGGGCCUAUGAGACUAUAUUGUGAUAAUAAGGUAGUUAUCAACAUUGCACAAAAUCUAUUUUAACGUGAUAGAACUAAACAUGUUGAGAUUGAUUGCACUUCAUCAAAGAGAAGCUGAACAAGGGUUUGAUUUGCAUAUCCUUUAUGAAAUCAGAAAAUAAGUUGGCAGAUGUCUUCACAAAGGGACUUAGUAGCAAAGUUUUUCAUCCUAUCAUCUGCAAGUUGGGCAUGAGAGACAUUUAUGCAUAGGGGGAAUGUUAUGUUAUCUAUAAUAUAAAAUAGGGCAGACUUCAAUAAGUCUAUUCGACGGUCUCAAAUAAACUUAUCCAACAGCCUCUAACAUCUCUCUCAAAACCAUUCAUAUUGAAUUCCCUCCAUACCAAAUCCAUCACUUCUCACUUACGUUGUACCGUGCUUUCAGGCACGGAUUACCCUUAGUGUUAUGUUAUAUUAUGAUGUAACCUUUAAGGGUAUUUUUGGUACUCCCUAAGAAACACUACUCUCUUUCUCUUAAUCUCUUAUUUGUUCUUUGUCCGAAGUCCUUGUGGUUAUUGCUUCAAAGAUUAGGAGUCUGCUUGAUAGUACUUUAAGUAGGAAAUGGUUUUCUUAUCUUUUUUUUUGGGUAAGUGUGGUUUUUUAUCUCAAGGAAAGGUAGAAUUUGGUUUUUUUCAUCGUAAGGAAUUGUGGGAGAAGAACUUGCUGUGGCAUUUGGCUAUAGAACUUAAGUGGUUGGGAUUCUAAUCAUAGUCUCCACUUUGUCCAUUUGGAUAGAUUUAUAUGGAAGGUUUAGGUUUCGUUAUAACAAUGCUUUGGCUUAAUUGCGACUUAUAAUGAGGUUCGCACUAACAAAAAUUCCCCUGGCUAAAAGGCCCUUCAUCGCUCUUAGCAUUUGUUUGUUCUUUGCAAGAAAGAUACUGUAAGCCAUCUUCUUUCUAUUGUUUCUCCCUCACUUCCACUAUCUUAAUUCUUAUAUGUGGCAAGGGCUAUAUGUUCUAGCUACGUCGCUGUGGUUCCCUUUGGAGAGGCUUUGGUAUAAAAGAGGGAGCUAAGAAUCUUGGCAUUGAAUAACAUGAUUAGUUUAGGUUAUUUGGUUGAAUGUAAAUGCUAAUUUUUGAACGUAAACGAUCUUCAAAUAAAGAGAUGCAGGAAUUUAAUUUUUUGUUUGAGAAAUGGUCUGAAUGAUUGGAUUCUAGAUUUCUAGCUAUCAUCUUUCAGUUGCAAAGUAAGGCUGUUCAUGUGCUUCUAGGCCUUAUCCUUGUUCGUUGGAUAUUGAAAUCUGAUGGACAUUCUUUUGGAUUUAGGUCAGCCAGGUAUUGGAGGAAGUGUUAUUAUUUUGCAGAAAAACAAUGCUAGCAUUCUUUUAGAUUUGUUGGUACCAAUUCAAAUGAUGAAUUCACAAAAUUUGAAUUCUCAUAAAAGGCUUUAUAGAAAUGAUCUCCUUGGUUUUAUUCAAGUGUUUGGUUCAUUCCAUUUUUUCUGAGGUGAACAAAGUCUAGGGUUCUUCACCAUGCUCAUCUCUUGACACAGAUAUGAUAUGCUUGACUUUUAGUCCGCAAAUGAGAAAUCUGGCUUCUUAGUUCACGAUGAUUGAUUCCUUUAGACCUGUCAAAAGGUCAUUUCGCACUUUGCAGUUUCUGCUAUGGUUUGCUCGGGUCUUGUAUUUUGCUUCCCCUUUGGAAUUCUUGUUUCCAGUUUUGAGCUGUUUCUCGUCCUUUCUUUGAUACUUUACCUUGUGCAUCUUUUCCUUUCAUGUUGUUCUGAAUUUUGUCCUAGCAAAACUAAGAAAAUUAAUUAAAUAGUACUGCAAUAUAGUAGCAUAAUUUUUUUUAUAUACCCUCCCCUUUUAUGGAAAUACAAAUUUACUAGUCAUUUUCAUUUUUCAAUCCUAUGUCACUACCCAUUGUUUCAUGGUUGAUACUUACUGCAGGUCUGAAGUUUUAAGCGUCGUAAUCCGCCCUUCUAAUCAACUCAAGAUCACUUUCUUAGAGAAAGAUAACACUGAUGUGGCAAGCCACGUCAGUGCUACAUGCAUGAUGGCUUGCCUGAAAUAUCACAGUGGGGAUCCAAGGAAGUCAUGGUUUGGAUCCUUGUGCCGUGUGAGUUACAUGGUCUCACUGGUCACUGGUGUUCAUGGUGCCACAAAGUUGCGGGUACCCUUGGUGCCAGGAGUGUUCCACCUCCUCACAUCUCCCAAGAGCGGCACUGGCCAACUAUUCUCAUCGAAUGAGGGUUCGUACCCACAAUUCCCAAGUGAGGGUCAUGUGCCUCUUAAGAUAAUUAACAAAGAGGAAAUGUAUUCCUACCUUGUUAGCGAUAUGCCCAAACUUAUUCGUCUCUUAAAGGUGGCUCUGAGGUGUAUUGCUGACUUCGAUCAUCUCACAGAGGACUUGGCCCAUGCCAAAGAUAUAACUGAUUUAGGCUCGUUGAAGGAGGCAGCAAAGAUAUUUGUUCCGGGCGGGGCAACUCUAUACUCUGCACGCACAAUAAAAAUCAAAGAAGACGAAGGGUUCAUGACAUAUUACUUCUACGAGUUUGGUAGAGAUGAACAGCAUGUUGCACUAGUAGCUGCUGUUAACAGUGGAAAGGCAUAUAUUGCUGGAGCAGCAGCUCCCCGGUUUAAGUGGGAUGCUGAUGGUGUGAAACUUCGUUCAGCGGCUGUAUCACUGACAGUUUUGUAA